AUGGCCGCAGCCGCGACAGCAGGCCCGACGCCCGCCGCCGUUCCAGCCGCCGUUCCAGCCGCAGCGGACGCCAGCCGGCGACGACGGGACUACCACGAGGCCGACGUCGUCGUCGUGGGCGCGGGUGUUUUCGGAUGCGCAAUCGCCUACGCCCUCGCCAACCAGGGCCGCUCGGUCCUGCUUCUCGAGCGGUGGAUGAAGGAGCCGGACCGCAUUGUCGGCGAGCUGCUCCAGCCGGGCGGCAUUGCGGCGCUCAAGAAGCUCGGCCUGGGGCACUGCGUCGAGCGCAUCGACGCCGUCCCCUGCAAGGGGUACAUGGUCCUCUUCAACGACGUCCCGACCAUGAUUCCCUAUCCCACCGUCGACGACGGCGGCCGCGUCGUGCAUGCCUGGGGCGGCUCCGGCCGGCGGGGCAAGCGGCCCGAGGGGCGGUCCUUCCACCACGGCAAGUUCAUCACGCAGCUGCGGCGGUCGUGCCUCGCGCACGACAACAUCACCGUCGUGGAGACCGAGGUCGUCAAGACCAUCCGGGGCGAGCUCACGGACCAGGUGCUGGGCGUGCUCGCCAAGACGGCCGACGCGCAAACGGGCGGCAAGAAGCCCGACUACUUCUUCGGCCACCUGACCAUCAUCGCCGACGGCUACGACUCCAAGUUCCGCAAGCAGCUCCUCGACGCCAAGCCCGUCGUCAGGAGCAAGUUCUACGCCCUCGAGCUCGUCGACGCCGUCCUGCCCCAGAAAAACUACGGCCACGUCAUCAUCGGGGCCGGCUCGUCCCCCACGCUCCUCUACCAGAUCGGCACGCACGAAACCCGCGCCUUGUUCGACGUGCCCCACGGCCUGCCCGAGGCGGCCCCCGCCGCCGGCGGCGUGCGCGGCUACAUCAAGAACGUGGCGAUUCCCGCGCUGCCCGCCUCGGUCCGCCCCGCCGCCCUCAGGGCCCUGGAGGACGGCAAGAUCCCCCGAAGCAUGCCCAACAGCUGGCUGCCCCCGACGAGGCAGACCGCCAACGGCGUGGUCCUCCUCGGCGACGCCUUCAACAUGCGGCAUCCCCUGACGGGCGGCGGCAUGACCGUCGCCUUCAACGACGCCGUGCUGCUGUCGCAGCUGCUCGACCCGUCGAGCGUGCCGGACCUCGAGGACGUCAAGGCCGUCGACCAGGCCGUCAAGGUCUUUUACUGGCGCCGCAAGAGCAUGACCUCCAUCGUCAACGUCCUCGCCCAAGCCCUGUACACGCUGUUCGCCGCCAACGACAGGCAGCUCCGCGCCCUGCAGCAGGGCUGCUUCGAGUACUUUCAGCGGGGCAUCACCGACGGGCCCUGCGGCCUCCUCGCCGGCAUCAUCCAACGCCCCUCCAUCCUCGCCUACCACUUCUUCUCCGUCGCCUUCCUGUCCCUGUGGCUGAACGCGCUUGCCGUCAUGGGCUCGGGCCCGCUGGGCGUGCUCAAGGCUCCCCUGGCCCUCAUCGACGCCGUCCUGAUUCUGUGGAAGGCCAGCGUCGUCUUUCUGCCGCUGGUCUGGCGCGAGGGGUUCCGGUAA